GCCUGUCUGAAUGCCAUGCUUCACAGUAACACUCGAAUAGGGGAUGGAACCUUCUUCAAAAUCCCUGGAAAGUCAGGCCUCUAUGCUCUCAAAAAAGAAGAGUCAUCAUGCCCAGUGGAUGGAGCAUUGGAUCUAGUCUGUGACGCAGACCUGGAUGGCACAGAGAUGGCAGAAACCGGUGCCCAUGGAGAGGAGAGCAGGGUGUGUACGAAGCAGGUAACGGAUGAAGUAUCUUCCACUCGAGACUGCAGCCUUACGAAUACGGCGGUGCAGAGCAAGCUGGUGUCUUCCUUCCAGCAGCACACCAAAAAGGCUCUGAAACAGGCUUUGAGGCAGCAGCAGAAAAGAAGAAAUGGAGUCUCAAUGAUGGUGAACAAGACUGUUCCUCGUGUUGUUUUGACACCAUUAAAGGUGUCUGAUGAGCAGUCGGAUUCGCCUUCAGGAUCGGAGUCUAAAAAUGGGGAAGCAGACAGUUCAGAUAAAGAAAUGAAACAUGGGCAAAAAUCUCCCACUGGGAAACAAACAAGCCAGCACUUAAAACGCUUAAAGAAGUCUGGUUUAGGACACUUGAAAUGGACCAAAGCUGAGGACAUUGACAUAGAGACCCCUGGAUCUAUCCUUGUCAAUACUAACCUGAGGGCAUUAAUAAACAAGCACACCUUUGCUUCCUUUCCCCAGCAUUUUCAGCAGUAUCUCCUGCUUCUGCUCCCAGAAGUGGACAGGCAGAUGGGAAGUGAUGGAAUUUUACGCCUCAGUACUUCAGCUCUAAAUAAUGAAUUCUUUGCAUACGCAGCACAAGGGUGGAAACAGCGACUGGCAGAAGGAGAGUUUACCCCAGAAAUGCAAUUACGAAUAAGACAAGAAAUUGAGAAGGAAAAGAAAACAGAACCUUGGAAAGAAAAAUUCUUUGAGAGGUUUUAUGGAGAAAGAUUGGGUAUGUCCAGAGAAGAAUCCAUAAAGCUCACUUCUGGAACAAACCAUGAUGGAGCUGAAGGAUGCUCCUCACAUGGGAACUCUGGCAUUCCGGUUGCUUCUGCACAGACUACGUUAGAAGAGCAACCACCCCAAAUCGUGAGAGGUUCAGCUUCCUCGGAGCCUGACUUCUGCGCUACCAUUUGUCCUCUGCUAGAGGUUCCAGUGAAGGACAUAAUCACAGAAGCAGAAGACAUCUUUAUCCCCGAGGAAUCUGUGAUUCAGGAGGAAGUGGCAGAAGAGGUAGAGACAAGUAUCUGUGAAUGCCAAGAUGAAAAUCCUAAGAACAUGCCAGAGUUUUCUGAGGAGUCUGAAAGUCCAGCCACCUCUUGUGAGGAGCCCCAGUUGGCAGCCCCUGAAGAUAACUUGGAGUCCUGUGUUGUAAUGAAUGAUAUUUUAGAAGCUUUACCUCAUAUUGAAGUGAAGAUAGAUGAGAAAUUGGAAUGUCCCCAGGAAGAAAUGUCAGUUGUUAUUGACCAACUAGAAAUCUGUGACUCUCUUGUUCCUUGCACUUCAUCUGUCCCUCACAUCCUUGAUGCAGAGCAGAAGGAACAAGAAAUUGCCAUAGAGACCAGCACUGUAACCCUGAGAGCAGGGCCAUCUUCUCUGGAAAGCCAGUUUCCAAAUGAGGGAAUUGCUGUAGACAUGGAACUCCAGAGUGACCCUGAAGAACAGCUCUCGGAAAAUGCUUGUGUCUCUGAGACUUCCUUCUCCUCUGAGAGUCCGGAGGGAGCAUGUGUCAGCCUUCCAUCCCCAGGUGGGGAAACACAGUCCACGUCUGAAGAGUCAUGCACCCCAGCCUCUCUGGAAACAACGUUCUGUUCUGAGGUGUCCAGCACUGAGAAUACAGAGAAGUACAACCAGAGAAACCCUCCUGAUGAAAGCCUUCACGUGUCUUUGAUGUCAGAAGCAUCUCCACUAGCCACCUCACCCGAAAUCUCAGAAGCAUCUCUCAUGUCCAACUUGCCUCUGACAUCCGAGGCAUCCCCAGUGUCCAACUUACCUCUGACAUCAGAAGCAUCUCCAAUGUCUGAUUUGCCACUGACAUCAGAAACGUCCUCAGUGUCUUCCAUGCUUCUUCCCUCUGAGACGCCUUUUGUAUCUGGUUUGCCUGUUCCUGCAGAGACUUCUCCAAUUUCUAACUCUUCCAUGAACGAAAGAGCAGUGCAUCAACAGAGAAAGUCACCGUUAGGAUCUGAAGAAGCUCCCUCUCCACAGAAGGAUGAACCUUCUGUCCCCAGCAAGCCCAUGGGAGAGAACCUUAUCUCCCACCCUAAGCCUUUGUCCAGCAUUCUGGAACCCAUCAGCAUGAGUGCUUCCAUUGUGCCUGAAGCUCUUCCACCUGAAGAGGUACACAGCCAGUCUCUGAGUCAGCUGCCUUGCCAGUCUCAUAUUGAAAUGGAGAAGCUCUACCCUCCUUCCAUCCCAGAACUUCCUUCUCCAGAAAUGAUGAAAAUUAAAAACCACAGUGUCCUACAAAGAACUGAAAGGAAAGGGGUUUCCUCACCAUUAGAAGUCCCUGUCUUUCCUGAGGAGACAGAGACUAAAGGAAAUGAGAUUCCACCAGCUAAAUUCCAGGAGAAGCAGUAUGUCCCAUCAGUAGAUAAGGCUCCAUUUUUAGAAGGCUCAAGAAACAAAGCACAUAAGCAGGCCAGUACACACAAUUCCAAAACAUCAGAGCCCUCCAAGUCACCUGAUGGGAUAAGAACUGAAAGUAGAGAGUCAGAGAUAUCAAAAAGGAAGACGAUGGAGCAUAGCUUUGGAAUCUGUAAAGAGAAAAGAGCCAGGAUAGAAGAGGACCAGUCAUCCCGAAGCCUAGUAUCCAGCAGUUCACCUGAGAAAGAGCAGCCUCCACGAGAGGAGCCUAGGGUUCCCCCUCUCAAGAUACAGCUUUCUAAAAUUGGGCCACCUUUUAUCAUCAAGAGCCAGCCAGUCUCCAAAGCAGAGUCCCGAGCAUCCUCUAGCACAGCAGUCAGCAGUGGUAGGAACACAGGAGCCAGGACCCUUGCAGACAUCAAGGCCCGUGCCCAACAAGCUCGUGCCCAACGAGAGGCUGCUGCAGCUGCUGCAGUUGCGGCUGCAGCCAGCAUUGUCUCAGGAGCCAUGGGAAGCCCAGGAGAGGGUGGGAAGGCAAGAACGCUGGCCCACAUCAAAGAGCAGACCAAAGCUAAGCUCUUUGCAAAGCAUCAGGCCCGAGUCCACCUCUUCCAGACCUCCAAGGAGACCCGGUUGCCUCCUCUCAACUCCAAGGAAGAAGCUCUCACUAUGGAAGCCUCUUCUACCCCUGAAACAAAAAUGGAAGGUUCCACUGGUGUCAUCAUCAUCAAUCCCAACUGCAGAUCUCCUAGCAACAAGGCCGCACACCUCCGGGAGACCCCCACUGUAUUACAGCAGCCUCUGAACCCACCUCAGAUUCCAGACACUGCCACUGACUUGUCUGUGCAUAGUUCUGAUGACAGCAUACCUGUGUCACAUUUAACUGAGAAAAUUGUCUCAUCUACCUCUUCUGAAAAUAGCAGUGUACCCAUGCUUCUUAAUAAAAAUCCCAUCAACCCCAUCCCCAUGUCUGUCUGCAGCACUGCUGUGUCGGGAGCAAUUAAAGAGCAUCCGUUUGUGAGUCCUGUUGACAAAUCUUCUGUCCUCAUGUCUGUUGACAGUGCAAACAGUACGAUUUCUGCUUGUAAUAUAAGCAUGUUGAAAUCCAUCCAGGGAUCUGACACUCCGUGCAUAGCCCUUGUACCAAAAUGUAUCGACAGGACUCCUAUACCAGCUGCUCCAGAAGGUACUGGAAGGUCUAACACCAUGGAUGGUAAGACCCUGCUUGUGCCCAGCAGCAAGGCUGCUAACUUAGUGUCCGCUCAGUACACCUCUGUGCCAGCUCCCACUGUUACAAGUAAUCUGCCAAACCAUCUCUGCACUAGCUCUGUCUUGAUUCCCCCCACGGGGAUUAGUAACAGAUUUGCUUCUGAGAAGAUAAACAUGUCUGGGAGUGAAGAACAGACCACUGUGUCCAUUAGUGCCACCAUGCGAGCAGCCCUCAGCUGUGGCGAUUCAGUGGCGGUCUCCGAUCCACUGAUUUCACGCCCACCCAUCGCAAUGUUUUCAGGAAACAUGCUCACUCUAAACUCUUACGACAGUGCUCCCAAACCAAGUGGGGAAAUCUUGGACAAAAAUUCAGGGCCUCGAAAUAGGAUGGACAAUUCUGGAAAACUUCAGCAGCCACCAGGGGGCUUUGCCCCAGCAACAACAAACAGAUCAAUUCCCUGUAAAGUCAUUGUGGACCACAGCACAACACUGACCUCCAAUUUGUCUCUGACUGUCUCCAUUGGAAAUGCAGAAGCAAGCAUGGAUCCCCAGAGUAGGCCAGUGAGGACAGACAUAGCCAUCCAGCCUGUGGCAUGUCCUCAGGUGUCUGUCAUUAGUAGACCUGAGCAGGUCACAGGUGAAGGUGCUGACCAUGGUUCCGUUUUCAUUGCUACUCCUACAGCCAAACAGGACAGUAAGACACUGCAGGCCACUUGCACCAGUCUUAGGGAACUGCCCCUCGUUCUUCCUGAUAAACUAAAUGAAGUGACUGCCCCUAGUCAUAGCUUUGCUGAGCAGGCACGAAACUCAAAUACGUUCAAGAGUGAAGCAGACACGACCUGUAGCAAUCAGUACAAUCCAGGAAACCGGAUUUGCUGGAGUGAAGACCCAGUGAGAAACACGGGCCAGCCAGUGGUUAGUCACUCAGGUUCAAGUAAACAGAAAGACUAUUCAGAGCAGGGUGGGCUGAAGGCUGUCAAAUCCGAGCAUGCCAACUAUGCCCACGUGUCAGAGCUCCACCCUAGGACACUCAUUACGAAUGCCAGUCUUCCUGUGAAGCCCGAACCUCAUGAAGUAGACAAGAGUUUUAGAAUGGAAACCGAGGAUUUCCCUGGCCCAGAGCGUCCUCCUCCUGCUACAGACGUGACAAACAGUGCUAGUGGGCCACAGACACAGGCCAUGAAGCCUUCGGCCACGAGCCCCGCGGAAGAGGCGGCUAUUUCUUUGGCUACAGACACCCUGAAAAGACUUCCUAGUACAGGCAGCUCAAGCUGCCGCCUGUCUUCCGUGGAAGCUAAUAACCCACUGGUGACACAGUUGCUGCAGGGCAACCUGCCUCUGGAAAAGGUGUUACCACAGCCAAGACUGGGAGCCAAACUCGAAAUCAACAGGCUCCCUUUGCCCCUUCAAACUACCUCAGUGGGUAAGACAGGGCUGGAGAGAAGCAUGGUGGAAAUGCCGUCCAGCUCUCCAAAUCCGGAUGGUAAAGGCUAUUUGGCAGGAACUCUAGCACCACUCCACAUGAGAAAACGAGAAAACCAUCCCAAAAAGAGAGCAGCCAGGACCGUGGGAGAACACACUCAAGUUAAAUGUGAGCCAGGGAAGAUGGCGAUGGAGCCAGAUGUCAAAGCGGUACCCUGCGUCAUCAGUCCAGGCAUGAGUCAGCUAGGUCACAGCCAACCAUUUAAGCAAGAACGGCUUACCAAGUCCUCCAUGGCCAACAGGAUCAUGCCCAGCCCCGAGGUCAAACAACAGAAACGCCUGUUGCCUGCAUGUAGCUUCCAACCAAGCCUGUUCCAUGUGAGCAAAAAUGAUGGCUUCCAUGCUGACACUAGUACCUCACACAGACAGCAGUUCUACCAAAUGCCCAUGGCUGCCAGGGGACCCCUUCCCACUGCUGCUCUGUUACAGACCUCUCCCAAGACCCCAGUGGGCUGCAAUACAUUUGCCUUCAAUAGGCACCUUGAACAAAAGGCAUUGGGAGACGUUAAUCUUACUUCAGCACCUCACCAGCUAAGACUAGCCAAUAUGCUGUCCCCCAGCAUGCCCAUAAAGGAAGGCGAGGACGGGGGAGGCACCACACACACGAUGCCAAGCAAGGCAGUGGUCCAUCCCCCACUGCCACUCCCACCACCCCCUCCUCCACCACCCCCUCCACCCUUGGCCUUGCCCCCACCACCCCCUCCACCACCUCCGCUACCUCCACCUCACCCUACUGUAGAAGUCCCAUCCGAUCAAAAGCAACCACCAGUUACCAUGGAAGCCACUAAGCGACUUAGUUGGCCCCAGUCCACCGGCAUCUGUAGCAAUAUCAAAUCAGAACCUCCUUCUUUUGAGGAAGGCUUAAGCAGCAGCUGUGAACUGGGCAUGAAGCAGGUUCCGUAUGACCAGAAUGAAGUCAAAGAGCAGCUGAAGGCAUUUGCAUUAAAGAAUGCAGAUUUCUCUUCCUAUUUGCUCUCUGAGCCUCAGAAGCCUUUCACCCAAUUAGCUGCUCAAAAAAUACCAGUACCCCAGCAGCAACCGCUCUGUGGAAGUUACCCGACCAUACACUUUGGGAGCACAAGUUUCAAAAGGGCAGCGUCUGCCAUUGAGAAGUCCAUUGGGAUUCUGGGAAGUGGCUCGAGCCCAGCCACCACCACGGGCCUGGCUGGUCAGAACACUCAGAUGCCAGUUCAGAACUUUGCAGACAAUAGCAACACGGAUGAGUUAGAGCUGAAAUGCUCUUGCCGGCUCAAAGCCAUGAUUGUGUGCAAAGGCUGCGGGGCCUUCUGCCACGACGACUGCAUAGGUCCUUCCAAACUUUGUGUAGCUUGCCUGGUUGUCCGAUAAAGAGCUGAGUGAAAGAUACAGCGCCCCACCCCCCAUUUUUAACAUGAAAAAAAAAAAAAAGCCUGAUUAGCCAGGAGUCAAAUAAGGCAUUGGCUUCUGUGCUGGCGUAUUUCAUUGAGGAGCAAGUCAUCUGUUUCUUCUAGGUGAUUAUUUUCUCACAUGUCUCAUACAGGGGAAGAUGCAGCACAUGCGAAUGGCCUUUGCCUGUCCAGUCACCGCUCACAGCUUUGAUGUGUUUCUGUCUGCGUAUUCCGGUCACUGCCUCAGUCUUCUUCUUUUUUCUUUUCUUUUCUUUUUUUUCUUUCUUUUUUCUAUUUCAGUCCAGGCCUAGACAGAAAGGGCAUCCUGAGUUGUCUAAUCACCCCAUAUGCAGAUGUUGAAAAACUAUGACAAGCACGACCUAAGUUGGCCAGGUGUCUUUCCAUAGAUUGGAUGUCACAGCAAGCAUUUCUUCCGUGAUACUGUGGGACCUACCUGUACCCAGUGGCUCGAGCCAUAGUAGGAACAGGAGCCUAAAGAUAUGAUUCUUUCUGUUUACCCUGACGACAGAAGGGACAGGAAGGAUGUGUCGCUGGAGUCCACUGUCCCAGCUCUUUCCUCCUUUCUUACUCUUUCUCAGAAACUGGUAGAAAGCCUGAAUUGGCUUUGGAUCUUUUUUGCAAAUUGUUGCUGAAUAUGCACUGCAUCUGAAUUGACAAAGGAGCUUCAUGCUGUAGACGGUCUGAUUCUAGUUCUUGGAUAGCCAAUAAUAUAAGAUCCAUUGGCUGAUAA